AUGCACAUACCUUUGCUGUUGUGUCUUCCUCCAAGUGUGCUUCGAGCGGAGACUCUGACGCACAGUGCAUCGAAACUCGCGGCGCGGUACCAUCCUGAAACGGGCAUUCCAAACCUCCGCCGCCCCGCGCCCUCUUUACGCGCUGACGUCACCGCGACACGGCGUCCGCCUUCCUGCUCUUCACAACCCAUUGGCAGCGCAGGAGAGGGCGCAGUGCGAGCGACAGCGGAGGCACGUAGCGAGAGGAGGAGCGGGAUGGCGGGGUCGGCGCGGAUGCAGCGUCUCUGUGUCACCACACACCGCCAGCUGCUCGCACAGAGCGUCGUCGUUCCCACAGCCGCCCCGCCCGUUGCCUUGCAACUGCGGGCGCACAGGAGACAGCAGCGGUGCCGCAUGCUAAGAGCGGGCAGCAGGGCAGUGCUCGCUGUGGGUGGUGGAGGUGGGGCAGAGCAGGUGGGGGAAGGGGUGAAUGACGGAGAGGGGAGAGCGGAGGAUGUGGUGGGGCAAGGCCUUGUAUUGGGGACAUCGGGGGCGGUGGAGAAGGAGGAGGGGAAGGAGGAGGGGAAGGAGGAGGGGAAGGGGAAGGAGGGCACGUGGGCAGGCAGCAGCAACCGCAUUCUAUUCUGCUCGCAGUGCGGCUCUCCCACCAAUCACGUUGUGCCACCUGGGGACGACAAGCCGAGGGAUGUGUGCAGCAGCGAGCAGUGUGGGCGCGUGCACUACGCCAACCCCAAAGUGGUCGUGGGGGCGCUCUGCCUCUGGGAGGACAAGGUGCUGCUGUGUCGAAGGGGCAUCCCACCGUGUGAAGGCAUGUGGGGCUUCCCUCAAGGGUUCUUGGAGCUGGGGGAGUCGUCGAGGGAGGGCGCGGAGAGGGAGGUGCGAGAGGAAGCAUGCGCAGAGGUGCGGGUGAGAAGCCUGCUGGCCGUCUACAACAUUCCCAACCAGGUGCAGCUCAUCUACCUCGCUGACCUCCUCUCACCACACUGCGCUGCUGGAUCAGAGACGCUAGAGGCGGGUCUCUUUGAGUGGAACGACAUUCCCUUCCACCACCUUGCCUUCCCCACUGUGGCGUGGGCGUUGGAGCACGCGCGGCAGCAGCUGCAGCACCCACAGGCGCUCAUACAGCCGCAGCUGAGGACCAAAGUGGUCGGCACCACUGGCAUGUUCAGCGGCUCCUAUGUGGAUGCAUAA